AUGAAUUCAACAACGUUCGACAAGGUUGACAAGCUCGACGGUUCCAACUACCAGUUAUGGAGUUUUAAGAUGAUGAUGUACUUACGGUCUCGGGGACUGUGGGGUCAAGUGGAUGGGAGCUCGCCGCCAGACCGUGCGCUGAUGAAGCAAGCGCAUGCGGCAAUCGUGCUGAGUCUUACUGACUCGCAGGUACUACACGUGAUCACGACGGAGACGGCUAUGGACGCAUGGAACAUGCUGUAG